AUGAGUAAAUCAGACCCAAAUCAAGUUGAUAAAUUUAUCCUAAAAUUAGGUAAUCAGUUCCUGGAUCACUACCAACUUCCAGGUGAGAGAGUCAACGUGGAGGAAUACAAUAAUCCCAGAAGCCUUAUAGCCCGAGCAAUAAAUACCACAUCGAAAAAACAGGGUAAGUCUGUUAAAAUGAGUGGUAAGGAUAUUACUGAAAACCCCGAGGGAGCACUGUCAUCGACCUCCAGAGAGUGUAUAGUAUGUGAAGGAGAUAUCUGUUCUUGUGCCCCAGUGAGUUUACAGGAGGCAAUAGAUAGACAAUCUUUGCACCAGGAGCCAUCGGAAAGUCAUCAAAGUGACAAGAGUGUGGCUGCUUCCCUGCACUCUGAGGAGGAGGAGUCAGUAGAUGAUCAGAAUUCAGAUGAUUAUACAUCUCAAUUGGAGAGAUUGACUCAAUCCACUCUUAAAAACUUGAAGGAUGAAGACUCAAAGAAAGAAAAAGACGUCACAGAAUUCACUACCGCAGAUGUAAGUGAUAUUCGCCUAUACCUGAACUCCUCGGUAUAUCCAUAUGAAAGAUGGAAUCUAGAAUUUUCAAAGAAACUUUAUGCACCAGCAUAUUACAACUAUGAAAAUUUCCAAAGUAGCUACUAUGGUCGUGAAAUGAACGAGCCAAUGUUGGAUUUUGCAGAGUAUUUACAAAAUCCUUUGUUUAUUAUUGAUUGCAGCCGCCAACCAGAAGCCGUGAAGUCCUCCACAGUGGACGUGGAAAUAGAAUUUCAAACUAGAAAGACCAAAUUCCCAAAAGACACUAUAGUUUACGCACUAAUAAUUCAUGACGCUUAUUUCAGCUACAAUAUGUUAAAUGGUUCUGUAGCAAAUAGAUCUUUGUAUUAG